CGCAGUCCGCGUUUCACAAGCCCCAGUGGCUGCGAGCCCUUGUUCAUGCGAUUGCUGCGUUGACGACGCGCGCAUAUCACAAGCGAAAGUCAUCUAUAAUGCCGCGCACGCGUGCUCAGCGUCGCGCCACCGAAGGCCUGUUUGUGCUGGGUGAUGAUGCGCUACGCAAUGUGCUGACCUUCCUGUCCCCCAGUGCCUGCGCGCUCGGGCCGGGCGCCACGUCCAAGGCGAUGCGCGAAGAAGUAUCGUCCAAACGACUGAUGGCCGCGCGCACGUCUGGAGCUUACGUGCUGCGCCCGCCGGACAACGGCGUCGUGCACGCCCUAGCCACCGCGUUCGGGACGCAGGAAUGGCCCACCAGGGCUCCGGAGAGAACUUGGGCUGGUCUCCCACGGGCAGAGUGUCGAUUAUGUGUGCCGCCACCGCCGCUGUGCGUCACAGUCCAUAGGGUUGGAGGCGUAGCCAACGGACUGGUUGGAGGCCCCAAUCAAGCCCAGCUGGAAUUGCGCAACGAACGGGCCAUGGUGUACAUUCGAAAUUUCGAUGCAGCACUCGUCUCUCGGCUUUCUGUUAGCUCAGCAUUGAAUGCAGAAUCUCCUGAUUGUUCCAUCCAAUCCGGCUCGUUCAUAGAGUACGAGCUACCGUUCCAACUCCGAAUUUCGGACUUCCGGAUUGCGUUCGGCAAUUGCUGUGCGCGUGAAUUUGGUAAUUGGACGUUUGAGGCAUACAUUGACAAUCGGUGGAUGGUCUGCCACUAUUGCUCGGUGAGUCCGUGGGCUGAUCUCAUCUCGCCGGGAGCAACUGAUUCCCUGGGCCUCCAGCCGGGUCCCGAGAAGAUUAUCAAUGUAGAGGACGAUGAACUGGAGGAUGGCCUCGUCUCCAAUCGCUUCCGGAUAAAGCUCUGCGGAAGGCGGUGCAUGCACGUCCGCGCCUUCGAGCUCUUCGGCACCAUCCUGCCGGGCUGGAGCCUAGACUAG